AUGAUACUGAGUAAUAACUUCCUGAAUGGGUAUUCAUCAAAUGGAAGUUCUACUCAAUCCGGAAUCAACUCCGUCCAAGAUUUUGCAUCUAUGAGGAACAGGGAAGUACUAGAGAAACAACUUCAAGAAGAAAUUGCAUUAUAUAAAAGUGGAGGAAUCCAAAGUGCACCUGUUCUUUCAUCAUUUGGUUUAGGAUUAUUUGCUACCAAUAAUUUGAUUACUGGACGAGAUCUUUCAUAUGAAGAACAACGAUUAGAGUAUGAACAAGCCAAAGCUAACAAUACAUUGGAGAACUAUUUGAAGGUGUUGGAAGCCAGGAAACGAGACAUGGAUUUUUGCAUUAACCAGCUUAGCAACAAAGUACCCACAGCCGUUCAUUAUCAACAGAAGGCAGCCACUUCUAAUAUUGUACCGAGACCAUUUAUUAACCAAACACUAGAAGAAGGAAUAAAUAAGAAUAUGAAUAAUUCAGGAUUUGGAACCAGUGGAUUUGGAAACACUGGAGGAGGAGGAGGUUCAGCUUUUGGAUCUUCAGGGUUUGGCUCAUCGGCAUUUGGAAGUUCUGGAUUUGGAUCCUCAGGAUUCGGUACAACAUCGAAAUCAUCUGCGUUUGGGGCUUCUGCUUUUGGUGCUAAUAACUCUACACAUUCAAAUAGUGGGUUUGGUGGUGCAACAACUUCUGGUUUUGGAAACUCUGGAUUUGGAUCUUCCACCGCUUCUUCAAAUCCAUUUGGAGGAGGUUCAGGAGGCGCGUUUGGUUCUCAAAUAAAACAACCCAAUGGGGCAUCUAAUGCAUCACCAUUUGGUAGUUUGAAUAGCAAGCCAGAUCAAGGGAAUCCUUUUGGUAACUCAGCGUUUGGAUCAACUACAACCGGUAAUGCUACGACUACUACUAAUUCAGCAUUCGGCAAUUCUGCUGCCACCGCUAUCGCUUCGCCAUUUGGCAAUUCUGCUUCCACUACGACUAAUGCUUCACCAUUCGGUGCUUUUGCAAAUGCCCCAUCUGGAUUUGGAUCAUCUGGGUUUGGAUCUACUUCGACUUUUUCACCAUUUGGAUCAUCAACUGGAGGUGGUGGGUCAGCUUUUGGUACUUCCACCACCACGAAUGCGAACCCCUUUGGAACUACAGCUACAUUAACAUCAAAUCCCUUUGGAAAAUCCCAAUCAAAUAGUUCUCCCUUUGGCACGACAAGCAAUACUAAUAAUGAUACUAAAGGCUCAUCAUUUGGAGGAUUUGGUGCUACAACCACCAGCAAUGCUUCACCUUUUGGAACUGCAUCACAGAACCCUCAAUCCGGAGGCAUAUUUGGAAGUACGACGACAUCCUUUGGUAGUAGCAAUAACAAUAAUAAUGCUAAUAAUAGUAUUAGUGGGAACAGUGUGCCUUCUGUGGAUACAGACGAAUAUAAACACUAUGCACCUGAAGCUAUUAAGGCAUUUGAAGCCAACAGAUUUGAACUUGGGCAUAUUCCAGAUUUGGCACCUCCAUCAGCACUUUGCUAG